AUGGGCUUCAUACAUAUUCCUUCCAAGCUUUCUCAUAAGCUAUCGAAGAGCAAGAAGAACUGUUCACACAAGAACAGCAAGAAAGACGCGUUUAAAGCAACUCUUCCCGAUAUCCAGGAGCAGACAGAGACAGAGAGCUCAGGCCCGUCUACCGCUUUCAAAAAGACCGAGGGGGAAUCCGAGUCCCACUCGAAAGCAAAAAUGUCGCCUCACAUAGUGGACGACUCUUCGGAAACUGGUACUCAAAUUGUUUCCAAGUGUCACGUUGCUCCGCCGCUCAAGCGUUCGCAUUUCCUGUGCUUCUCAUCCCACCGGUCUUUCUUAAAGACGCGUAAUACUCACCAUUCGCUCCCAUGCAUGACUUGCAAAAGGGAGGACUUCCCACACUUGUGGAGAUGCACAUUCUGUUUUCUUCGCAUCUGCGAGGAUUGCUUUGAUACGCUUUGCGACAUGGAAAAUCGUUCCUUGCAGAAGCUCCUUGAAACCCUCGGCGUCGACGCAGAAAUUCCGUAG